CGUCACUUUCAACCGUCGCCAUCCUACGAACACCAAUCGUCGCCAUGUCUAGGUUCAAGUCCGACACCGUCCACGCCGAUGCGAGCCGCUUCCUCGAUGAGCGCGGGUCAAACGCGGCCCUCGCGCCCAACGGCCUCAACCCAGCGACGAUUAUGGAAAAGGCCGUCAAGGACCGAAUUGUCGACUCAUACUUCUACAAAGAGCAAUGCUUCGCGCUCAACGAGGCCGACAUUGUCGACCGCGUCGUUGAGCACGUCAACUUCAUCGGCGGUACCCACGGCGCGACCCAGAAGCCCAGCCCCUUCCUGUGCUUGGCCUUUAAGCUACUCGAACUCGGACCCAGCGACGCGAUCUUGCAGGAAUAUCUCCAGUACGGCGGGGAGGCGUUCAAGUACCUGCGCGCGCUGGCUUGCUUCUACGUGCGUCUGACGCGAAAAGCCAAGGACGUGCACACGCUGCUGGAGCCGUUCUUGGAGGAUCGCCGGAAGUUGAGGCGCAAGGGCAGGGCCGGUACAUCGUUGACGUUUGUGGACGAGUUUGUGGACGACCUCCUCACGAAGGACCGAAUAUGCGCGACAAGUUUGUGGAAGAUGCCGAAGAGAGAGGUCUUGGAAGAUCUGGAACUUCUUGAUCCGAGGGUUAGCGCGCUGGGAGAUCUGGAGGACCUCUUGGAGGAGGAGGAUGAAGCAGACAAGAAGGAGAAUGAGUCAAGAGACGGGUCUAGGGACGAAUCUAGGGACAGGUCUAGAGACGACUCCAGAGACAGGUCUAGACAGGAGUCUGGUGAGGUAUCAGACAGGGACGACAUGGAUGUGGAUCGUGAGGAGAGACCCAGAAGUCGAAACCAAAGCCGAAGCCGGAGUCGAAGCCGGUCACCCUGAGUCCUCGCCCUCGAUGGAAGACAAAACCGAUACGACUAGACGUAACCGUCACCCAUUUACCACAGGGCAUUUGCCUGCACCUCGAUUUUCUCACGAAGAAAGUAGGGGCUACGACAUAUUGCAACAAGGGACCUCUUCGGCGCGCAGCUCUGAGGACAUUUCUGCAUUUCCUUGGAAGCGAUGCUACGAUAGUUCCUCGCAGCUCACAUCAAGGCGCAUAACAUAUUCUGUGUGCUGAUGUUCCUAGUAUCGAACUGAGCAGUUUUGAGCCAUGUAGGAGGGUCCUGAGGAGGGAAGAAUUGGGCCAGCGUCAAGAUGGAAAGCUGUCUUGACGGCAGAGACCAUGAGCAUUAGGAGGAACAUGAUUGAGGCAGCACACCGGAUCAAGUUGCUG